AUGACAGACGGCAAACUUUUCGACGAUGUAGUACUUCCUGAGGAAACUUGUGGCUUGUUCAACGCGGUAUUAACCGAUGGCAACAGGGUGACGGCGAUUCAGUUCGACUCAUGCUACGAGCUGCUGUGGAUGGGUAACAGUGCGGGACGCGUAACCUCAUUUUAUGGUUCUGCAAUGGGGCGGUAUACUUCAUUCCGAAUGUUUCCUGCAGACGAGGUGCGAAGUCUUCUUUCGUUGGACGACAACAUCUUAGCUUUGAGCCCCACUGCAGUGAAAUGCAACACAAAGUGUGGUCUUUGCGUUUCAUCCUUAUGCUCUCCCGAGUUUCAUGAUCUACAAUGCGUGCUGAUGAAUCGUCGUUCUCCGGACAACGCUUUUCUCGGCGGCUUGCAGUCUUUCGUAAACGUCCUGAACUUACCCAGAAUGGAGCUGGUAGAAAAGGUACCCAUUCCGGAGGCGGACUGCGUUCUUAUGAAAGGCAAUGAGAGCGUGGUUUAUUCAGCAACGUCAAAGGGCCAAGUGAGUCAGUCAGUUCAUUGA